AUGAAACUAACCCGUGUAGAAUUGGCGUCUCCGUACAGACCUCCGUCGGACGAGUCCGUGUUAACGUUUAAAUACAACACCUUUUUGGGCGAGGACCAUCCCGCCGGAAAGAAGGUGACGGUGCAGUUUUCACCGUCGGAACUGGGGCUGACUGCCGCCCAGAAACAUAAACUGUGUCUUUUGGCCGGUGCUCGAUACAAUAGUGAUACUGAUGUGGUCACAAUCAGUUCGUCUAAGUUCCCUCAACAGGCUCAAAAUAAGAGAUUCCUCGGUGAUAUUCUUAAGAGUCUGCUCGAGGCUGCUAGAGACGAGUCGGAUACAUUUGCAGAUGUGCCUCUUGAGACCCGGCACAUGGUAGCCAAGCGACGUCGUAACAAGCCCGUGAGACCACGAGUCGAGUUCCCCGAGGCAUGGAACAGACCCCAAGACGCUCCUAAACCCAAAGACGAUAUCGUCUCCGUCAUCCACAGACUGCCUCUCUAG